CUGCAGAAACAAAACAGAAACAGAAACAGAAACAGAAGAGAAGAGAAGAGGAGAGGAGAGGAGAGAAUGGGGAUCCGAUUCAUAUUGAUGGUGAACAAACAAGGGCAGACCCGUCUUGCCCAAUACUACGAAUAUCUCACCCUCGAAGAAAGGCGAGCUCUUGAAGCUGAAAUCGUACGCAAAUGUCUCGCCCGCAACGAACAACAGUGUUCAUUUGUUGAGCACCGGAAUUACAAAAUUGUUUACAGGCGGUAUGCUUCACUGUUUUUCCUUGUUGGAGUAGACAAUGAUGAAAAUGAGCUUGCAAUUUUGGAAUUUAUUCAUCUCUUAGUUGAAACCAUGGACCGCCAUUUUGGCAACGUGUGUGAACUAGACAUCAUGUUCCAUUUGGAGAAAGCGCAUUUCAUGCUGGAGGAAAUGGUCAUGAACGGAUGUAUCGUCGAGACAAGCAAGACUAACAUUCUGGCACCAAUACAGCUGAUGGACAAAACUUAUUGAAAAGACGCCAAAUUGUAUCGAGCUUCUUGGCAGCCAGGCUUACAUUCACUCAAGUUCCCUGUUCUGUUGUACAAUAACUGCUAAGAGCUAGAAUUGAAGUUGUUCAUAAGAUAUUCUGUUUUAUUUUAUUUCAUGACAGCAUGCUGUGAUGCUGGUCCUAUUCAUAUGACAUUUUGUACUUGUGUGACUGUCAGCAUAUAAAUCAUUCUUGAAUCUG